AUUCUUAUUUUUAUUAUUUUUACUAUUUACUAUUCUAUUCUUCAAAUCUUUAGUGACAUCGUUGGUUUCACAGCAAUAUGCUCUUCGUCGACACCAAUUGAGGUGGUCAACAUGUUGAACGCAGUUUACAGCAAGUUUGAUGACGUUAUCAGCAAUAAUCAGGCUUAUAAGGUUGAAACUAUUGGUGACGCUUAUAUGGUUGUUUCCGGAAUUCCAGAAGAAAAUGGUACCAAACACAUCAUGCGCAUUUCCGAUACCGCCUUGGAAAUGAUAGCUCUUCUGAAAACCUUCGAUAUUCCACAUCGUCGCAACAGUCAUGUUCGCAUUCGCGUUGGCUACCAUUGCGGAUCUGUGGCUGCUGGUGUUGUUGGCCAUACGGCUCCAAGAUAUUGUCUCUUCGGUGACACAGUGAAUAUGGCGUCUCGAAUGGAAUCAACUGGUGAACCAGAAAAAAUUCAAAUGUCAGAGAAUGCACAUGAUAUGCUGUGCACAAACUAUCCAGAAUACAUAACAAAACUCAGAGGAACAGUUGAUGUAAAGGUUAGCUGCCGAUGUUGCUUAGAAAUUGCGCUUUAUACGAGGGUGCUACAUCAUGGCAAAGGCGCCUGCAACACGUACUGGCUGUUUGGCAAAGAAGUGUCAGAGUCUAAAACAUUGUGA